GUCCCGCUGUCAGGGACCAAUCGACUGGAGUACACCCUUACCUGGAAAUAUGGAGAAUCAAGCCAUCGAUAUUGAGAUCUGUCAAAAAAACGAGAGCACUCUUCAGACAGAUGGAAUUCCCGAGCUGGUCUACCUAGAGCUGAUGAAUUUGGAGCAUGUGGACAUCGACAUACCAAUUUCCCUAGAAAACUCAACGAAUGAAAUUUUGAAGGAUCACGUCUCUUUUAUUAGCUGUUCGUUGAGGAGACCUGGAAAGGAUAAUAGAGAGAAAAUCUCGAUUAGUGACUGCUGCAGCUUCAGAUACUUCGUCUACAGGCUAGCCCUGGAGGAGGCAGCCACGGAGACGAUGCAGUCAGACUCCCAGGAACUUCCAGUGGCUUCCCACUGGCUCCUUCCUGCAAAAGAAUUCAAUGGGGUGUGGGAAAACCUCUGUUACACGUCCAGUGUCAAAGAAAAUCUGUUGAAUUUCAUUGAAACAACGAUGCUCUUCGCAGACAGGAAUAUAAAUCCCAACAUCAUCACCUGGAACAAAGUUGUUCUCCUCCACGGACCCCCAGGCACUGGAAAAACUAGCCUGUGCAAAGCGUUGGCCCAAAAAGCAGCAAUUCGAUUGAAUGCACAUUUUUCCAGGGGAGAACUCGUCGAAAUAAAUAGCCACAGUUUAUUCUCCAAGUGGUUUUCUGAGAGUGGAAAAUUGGUCAUGAAGUUGUUCAGUGAAGUGAAGCUGCUCUUGGAGAACCCUCAGACCCUCGUUUGCAUUCUGAUUGACGAGGUGGAGUCCCUGGCACAUGCCAGGAAGUCGUGUACCAGUGGUACGGAACCUAGUGAUGCCAUCAGAGUUGUUAAUGCACUUCUGACGCAAUUAGAUCAAAUGAAACGAUAUAAGAAUGUUCUUGUGUUGACCACGAGUAAUGUGACGGAGGCGAUAGAUCUGGCAUUCGUGGACAGGGCUGAUAUCAAACAAUUUAUCGGGCAUCCAGAACCGAAAGCUAUUUAUCAGAUUUAUUCGUCAUGUUUGAAAGAGCUGAUGAGAACGAAAUUCCUGGAGCCUUUCGAGAUUCUACCCUGGGAGGUAUACGAUUGCAUCGGGGACGUGCCAGACCCGAUCUACGAGUGCAUAUCAUCGAACGGAAAAACUACAGUGAAAUUUCGUAAUUUAAUUUACAAGAGUGUGGGCCUCAGCGGUCGGGCCCUGAGAAAAGUUGCCUUCCUGGCACAUGCGUUGUUCACUAACAAUACUGAAGCCUCCGAUUUCGACGACUUCCUAGGUGCCAUGAUGAUGGCCGUGGAUAAACAGAAGGAAGACGAAUUGCAAUUAUAAAUUUGGUGAUCUUUUUAUCAAAGAUUAAUUGAUUAAUCAUCAUUUAUUUUUAUAUCGAUCGUAUAUAAUAUAGGAUAAUGCCAAUCUAUUAAAUUAAAAUCUCAAUUUUUAACUUUUUUACAACUGCUACACUAUUUUCCUCGAUGUAUUUACAAUUAAAA